AGCAAACCCGGAGCACUUCCCGAGGACGUUUUUUAAGGGGGCUGGUGCUGGCUUCUGGUGGUCUUUUAUCACCAUGUCAACUGUUGGAUACGGUGACCGCUGUCCUCAGUCCGUCCCAGCCAAGUUAUUCGCGAUAGUCUGGUUUCUAAUCGGACUUGUAAUUUUUGCUCUGUUCCUCGGAACUUUGACAUCAUUGCUAACUGUGACAGUGGUUAGGAUUCGCACGGAUGCAAAUAGUCUGAGCUCGUCUGGAGAUGGCAAGGUUGCAGUAGUUGCCAACUCGUCCUCACAUCAAGUGGCCGUUAAAAAAUUUCCCAACAAGCUAGCCAUCGGAUCUACUUUCCCAGAUUUAAACUCCAUGGUUGAAGCUUUGAGAAAUGGCAACAUAAGUUCCAUGUUACUUGAUAUGUACGUUCCAGUCAAGAGAAAAGAUCUCUUUAACGGCUCCUGGUUUCAUGUCUCGGACUUUCUAGAGGGUGAAAUAGCGCAUGGUAUUCUUCUACAAGAUGAAGGAGUCAGUCUUGCAAAACAAUUGAAAAAUGUGAUGGGAGUGAACAACGUAGAGGCAGAAUUCUUAAAACAGGAUGACGAGGCUACAGAGCAAUCUGAAGAGGAAGAGGUAAUAAUCACUGAGUCUACAUCAGUCGUGUUCUUUGAACCCAGCAGUCCUUACUUCCUGAACACGAUGGUGGUCAGUGUCGGACUCCUAUUACUCGCUGUUACGUGUGGUUUGUUUUACCAGGCCUUUUGUUAUAGGUCAUGCUGUAAAAGAAAAAGCAAAGGAACCUGCAGAUGUAAAAUUAUGAAGCAGGACAUCUCUGAAUCAUUGGAAAUAUUUCAUCAUAGUUUUUCUCAAACAUAUCAUCGACUGCGCGAAAGACAAAUACGACUACUCCAACUUGGGAUGAAAAGAAAACGGGCCGAUUCCAAGGAAUCUAACACGAUAUAUGACGACGACAUAAUUCUUGCAAGAAUGUAUUAAAUUUGGAGUAAGGAAGUCUCGCUACUUCAAGCAUAUGAGCGUGGAACAUAAAUGUAUGACUGUGCAAAACAGCAUCAGGUCCAAAAGAGAUCUAAUUCCAAAUCGACCUGGAAAGAGUGGACAAGAAGAUCCAGCUCGUGGAAUGUCCACUACUAAAUCCCAUUUAUUUAUUUAUUUAUCCAAAAGGCUCCUUCUGCCUGAGCUUAUCCCAGCUUCUGUAGCAUAUAAAAGCGACUAGGAGUAUUUAUAUAUCCUCUGGAUGAGGUGCCAGUCUAUCGCCAGUGACCAUCCUCCCAACGCAUUUUCUCAGGAUUUUCCUUAUAGUUCGCUAGCUCGUUCAAAUCUUGGGUGAAAAGAGGCUCUAAGUGUGUUGAUUGGCUUGCCUCAAACACAAAGCAAACAAUGACUAGGGAUCGGACUCCCAUAUAGACCAAAAUUCUAAAAAAGGUGAGCACUAAGUCAACGCAUCUCACACCAAUUUUGGUUAAUUCGAUGAGAGGUAGUCUUAAUUGUUUACAUCAUGUGGAUAUGACCGAAAACGCGUUCGUAAGAACAUAUUUUGGUCCUGUUGAGUUCAUUCAUGCAGAGAUAAGUAAAAUCACGAACAUCACGUAAGAGUAAACGAUUUAAGCAUUAAAUGUGUCAAGAUUACAAAAUUGUUAGAUUGAAACAUAUU